UGAUUUUUCGUAAGCUUCCCGCGGCUUCAGCAGAAUUAUUUUCGGUACGCGUGGGUGAGGGAGGUACGCCUCGAUAGGCUUUUACCCUGAGUUAUUUUCGACACCUUCGCGCCGAUAUUCCCCGGCGCUGUUAAAGUGGAGAGGGGUUUCGGCGAGUAGGAAGAAAAAAAAGAAAUAAGACCAGUCCACCGAGAUUCGAGGAGUCAAGUCUUCUAGAGAUACCAGGGACAGGGAUUCGAGCCGGCGUGUGUCGUGCGUGCGUUUGUGUGUGUGUGUGUGUGUCAGAUACUUAUUACCCGCGGUAUCCUCCGGUGGUGGGGUUCUCGUCACUCGGCUACGGCGGCAGCGGCGGCAAAGGAGGUUAGAGUGGGGAUAAGUUUUGUCAAGCAGUGGUCCGAUUGUCAGAUUCUAGGCAGAGGGGUCAGCGCGAGGGCAAACGACGACACGAAAGGUUUUCUGGGCUUGGCGGGUACGUUUUGAGCCGCCUAUUUGUUUUGGUCACAAGUUAUUCUCGGGCGUCAAGAAUGAACGACAUGGAGGCAUACGGGGAUGGGUACAUGGAACCCGAGGAGGAGUGGGAACGCGAGGGUCUCUUGGACCCGGCCUGGGAGAAGCAGCAGAAAAAAACUUUUACUGCAUGGUGUAACUCACAUCUCCGAAAGGCUGGAACUGCGAUCGAAUCAAUCGAGGACGACUUCAGAAAUGGGUUGAAACUUAUGUUGUUACUGGAAGUAAUAUCUGGAGAGACCCUUCCAAGACCAGACCGUGGCAAGAUGCGUUUCCACAAGAUCGCUAAUGUCAAUAAGGCUCUCGAUUACAUCGCCAGCAAGGGAGUCAAACUCGUGUCUAUUGGCGCUGAAGAAAUCGUUGAUGGUAACCUGAAGAUGACUCUGGGAAUGAUCUGGACCAUCAUUCUUAGAUUUGCAAUUCAGGAUAUCUCUGUGGAAGAGAUGACUGCCAAAGAGGGACUUCUACUCUGGUGUCAACGAAAAACGGCACCGUACAAAAACGUCAACGUCCAGAACUUCCAUUUGUCAUUCAAGGAUGGAUUGGCAUUCUGCGCUUUGAUCCAUCGCCAUCGCCCUGACCUCAUCGACUACAACAAGCUAAGCAAGGACAAUCCUCUGGAAAAUCUGAACACCGCCUUUGACGUUGCUGAGAAGUACCUCGACAUCCCACGGAUGUUGGAUCCCGAUGAUUUGAUCAACACCCCGAAGCCGGAUGAACGUGCGAUCAUGACCUACGUUUCCUGCUACUACCACGCGUUCCAGGGCGCCCAGCAGGCGGAGACAGCUGCCAACAGGAUUUGCAAGGUUUUGAAAGUAAAUCAAGAAAAUGAGAGGCUUAUGGAGGAAUAUGAGCGAUUGGCAUCAGAUUUGCUGGAAUGGAUAAGGCGAACUAUGCCAUGGUUGGCUAGUCGUCAGACAGAUAAUUCGCUGGCGGGUUGUCAGAAGAAACUAGAAGAGUACAGGACCUACCGUCGUAAGCACAAGCCACCGCGUGUUGAACAAAAAGCAAAACUUGAGACCAAUUUCAAUACUUUGCAAACUAAACUCAGGCUGAGCAAUCGUCCUGCUUACAUGCCUACGGAGGGAAAAAUGGUCUCGGAUAUCAACAAAGCAUGGAAAGGACUUGAACUUGGAGAAAAAGCGUUUGAGGAAUGGCUUCUGUCAGAAAUGAUGCGUCUUGAGCGUCUUGAGCAUCUUGCUCAAAAGUUCAAGCACAAGGCAGACGCUCACGAAGAUUGGACCGCUGGCAAAGAAGAGAUGUUAACAUCUCAAAUCUUCCGCCAGUGCAAGCUCAACGAAUUGAAGGCGCUGAAAAAAAAACACGAAGCCUUUGAAUCCGAUCUUGCUGCACACCAGGAUCGAGUUGAGCAAAUUGCUGCCAUUGCUCAGGAGUUGAACACUCUGGAGUAUCAUGAUAGUGCAUCGGUCAAUGCAAGGUGCCAACGCAUUUGCGACCAGUGGGACAGGCUCGGUACUUUGACUCAACGCAGACGCCAGGCUCUGGAUGAAGCGGAACGAAUUCUUGAGAAGAUCGACGUUCUGCAUUUGGAAUUCGCCAAACGUGCUGCGCCGUUCAACAACUGGUUAGACGGAACUCGCGAGGAUCUUGUCGAUAUGUUCAUUGUUCAUACAAUGGAGGAGAUUCAAGGUCUCAUGGAUGCCCAUGCAGCAUUCAAAGCUACGCUAGGAGAAGCAGACAAAGAAUACAACUCCAUUGUUGGUCUCGUUCGUGAAGUUGAGUCGAUAGUCAAGCAGUUCCAGAUUCCUGGCGGACUUGAAAACCCGUACACUACCCUGACGGCAUUAGACUUAACUAAGAAGUGGAGUGACGUUAGGCAACUGGUACCACAACGUGACGGUACUUUAGCUGCCGAGCUACGCAAACAACAGAAUAAUGAGAUGUUACGUCGGCAAUUCGCCGAGAAGGCCAACGCUGUUGGACCCUGGAUGGAACGGCAGUUGGAUGCUGUGACUGCUAUUGGUCUCGGCCUUCAGGGCACUCUUGAAGAUCAGCUCCACCGAUUGAAGGAAUAUGAAUCAGCUGUGUACCAAUACAAGGCGCAUCUUGAAGAACUUGAGAAGAUUCACCAAGCUGUGCAAGAAGGAAUGAUCUUUGAAAAUCGGUAUACACAGUACACCAUGGAAACUCUUCGCGUUGGUUGGGAACAAUUACUAACUUCCAUCAACCGCAACAUCAACGAGGUUGAGAACCAGAUUCUUACUCGGGACUCGAAGGGCAUUACACAGGAUCAGUUGAAUGAAUUCCGUAGCAGUUUCAACCACUUCGAUAAGAACAGGACGGGCAGACUUGCACCAGAUGAAUUCAAAUCAUGCCUUGUCUCAUUGGGCUACUCGAUUGGCAAAGACAGGCAAGGUGAUAUUGAUUUCCAGCGUAUUCUCGCCAUAGUGGAUCCUAACAGUUCAGGCUUUGUACACUUUGAUGCGUUCUUGGACUUCAUGACGCGUGAAUCCACUGAUACUGAUACUGCGGAGCAAGUCAUUGACAGCUUCCGCAUUUUAGCUGGCGAUAAGCCAUACAUCCUGGCUGAUGAAUUGAGGAGGGAAUUGCCUCCCGAUCAAGCUGAGUACUGUAUCCAACGAAUGCCUCCAUACAAAGGAAUUAAUGCCAUACCUGGAGCCUUAGACUAUCGCUCGUUCUCGACUGCUCUAUAUGGAGAGUCUGACCUAUAAGUCUUUGCUGUAAAGUAUACGAAAUUAUACCUUUUCCACUCAGGCAUAUGAAUUGUGUAAAACGACACAUACCAUAUCAUAACGCAUACCAUCAUCUAGUUGUAACGAAUCUAUUCAGGUCUCUAUGAUGUAUCCAUAACCUAUAUAAAAUAUAUACUACAAUCUUAAAUAAUUAAAAAAAAAAGGUUAAUGAUAGAAAACAAAACAGAUUCACGCAUUUUGACAUAAGAUUCAUAUUUUUCUACCUAAAACUAGUUAGUCAAAAAAACGUAGAGUUUAUCGUUUUGGACAAGAUAAAUGUCUGCGAGGAAAAGGUUUAAUAACAGCAGAUUACAUUUUCGAAACCCCAUUAUACGUUGAGAAGAUAAAUAUAUAUUAGGGGUUAUUUACAAGGGGAAGGGACUGGAAAAAAAAUUUCACACUAAUAUCAAUGGAAAAUUCGAUAAAUCUUACUUUAAAUUUUGACAAAGGCAUUCCAUUGAACGAGCACUGGAGUCCACAAUUUCUAUCCUAAAUACUGAUCCUUACACUUGACGUGUGAUAUUAUUUCCCUUCCCCCCUACUCCAGACGAUAGUUAAGCUACGAUAUUUUUCUAACAUGAAAAUAUAUGCUAUUGUCGUGACCAUAUGUCAGGAAUAUGUUGAAUUCAUAUUCAUUGAAUCGGGAUGAAAAUAGUUUUUUGAAAGCACAUUUAUGAACCAUCGAACAUUUCAUUUUGAAAGUUAUUUGACCACAGUUUUAAAAUAUCCUUACGGUUCUUGUCCUUUUAUCAAAUGCUUGGAAUUUAAGUCCCGCUCGGAAAUACGUUAGGCAUAGAAUAUUCUUAAAUAUUAAAAAUGUAAUUUCGUGCAUUUUUAAUAGAGCAACAGCAGCUAUUAGAAUGUAAUGGUUAUUUAAGUGAUUCAAAGCAAUUAUCUUCUAAUAUUUGCUGUGGAAGUUUUAUUAUCACUCGAAGCCUUUGUUGACAAAUUGCAGUUUUCUGUUCGACAGAUAUAGUAGCGAGACUGUACCUAUUUUCGAAAUACUGUGACAUUUGUUACAAUCGAAAUGUGUCUAAUAUUCAGUAAUCUUUGUGGCAGGCGCAGUUGAACAACCAUAAAAAUUUAUUGAUACGAAAUAAAAAUUCAGUUUCAAUAUCUAAGUAGCAAACAUUUCAGUAUUUUGAACACUUAUGUAACACUUGGUCAUAAGUGACUCAUAUGCCAAAAACAAAGUGAUUUGCCAUGUCCAGUUUAAGGGAGCACAGAUUUGUAUCAGGUCUUCUGUGAAAUAGACUUCAUCGAUAGUUUUUAAUUGAUUGUCAGCAGUGCAAGUUCACUCAAGAACGUGAUGUAGUUAGUCGUCAGAAUAGCACAGCAGGAAUUGAAACUGAGAACAUGAAUCUUGGUUCAUGACAGUACUUUUAUUUUUGCAAAAAAUAAAUUCUGAUUAAUAUCGUUACAUACCAAUAUUGUGAUGGCUAGAUGUGAAUCAACUCUGUGCUCCUGGUAGCGAUUGAAUUUGUAAAGAUAUUAGCUUAUUGAUAAAAGAAGAAGAGAAAAACGGAUGAUCUACAGAAAUGAAUUUUUCCGCCCAGAAACAAGAAAACUGUACGAUCGAAUCGAAAUGAGCCUAUUUAAAAAAAAAAAAGAUAAAACCGGCGUAACGAGUUAUAAACGUGUCGCC